AUGUGUGAAUCUCCCCAGAAACUCUUCUCCAACCACAGGACACUUCCCUUGACCCUGAUUCGUCCACGAGUCCCCAGAGUCUUAGGGUUCUCCAACAGUAAGAUAGAUGUCAGAGCCAAAUGUCAACUUGAAAUCUGGAUGGAAAUGGCUCCCCCCAAGCCUGAACCUCAGGGGAAGGCUCAGCAGUCACAGCCACGUGUUUCAGCUGCCAGCGCUGCUCAGAGGGGAAGUUGCUGCUGCUGCCUAGAGGGGCGCAGCCCUGAAGGUUACGGAACGUGGGCAGAGAAUGUGGAAAAUCACCCAGAGAUUGCUGCUCACACUUCAUGUCUUCAGAGCAUCACCUCUCAUUUUAUAGCUGGAGAGAUGGGGCGCACAGCCAGGGAAAGCCAGGAACAGGUUCCAGCUUCCAUCACUCAGAUACUCAGGAAUCCCUGGUUCUCGAGGCUGGAAAGUCCGAGAUCAAGGUGCCUGCAUCUGGCGUCUAGGGCGGUCCCUAUUCCUGGUUUCCAGUUCCUCACUGUUAUUAUCUCAGAUCACCAAAAAGGGGACAGGGAGAAGGAGUAGAAGCAAGGAAAAAUAAGGAGAGAAAUUCACUGGACCCCAUUGUUUACAGUGUGGUCUUGGCUCCGGUGCGUCGAGGACCUAUGUAUAGCAGGAAUUCCCAAACCUGAACAUGGUUACUCCCACCAGAUUGAGUCACUCCUGGAUGUUCUGGCGGGAGCGUUUUGAGGAAUCCCCCACACAGCCCCACCUCGCCUCCAAGAGGCUGGAGACCCCACAGGUGGGCACGGUGUUGGUGGCCAGCACAUUGGUGGCCGUGGCCGGUGGGUGAGCAAGGAGACUGGUUCAGUCAGUGGACCUCAUGCCUGGUGGGUGCCGCCCAUGGCACUGGGAACUUCCUUGCUCCUUUUGGUGCUGUUGGCACAGCCUUUCCAGAGCAGUGAAUGAAUGCCAGGCUCCUCCCACACCCCUCCAGGAAUGCAGACCAACACAGCUGCUCUAUUAAAUGUGUGCACUUCUUAUUCCGAGUAUGUCUGA